ACUCGUCACUUUGAACCAAGCUGCUGCUGCUGCUGCAGGGAUACAAACACACACAUUCACUGGAGUAGACGGGUUUGUCCGCGCACAGCACACACACGCACACACACACCGGCACUCCACAGCGUUGACAUUUAGAGAAGACAUUAAGGAAAUACCGAAGAAGAAGAAGCAGAAGAAGGUCGUCGCUGCUUAAAGUUUCAGAUGGAAAAUUCGUCCAGCAACAACCGGUUUCGGUCCGCAAUGUUCAACCACGAUGAUGAGAUUGCAGAGUGCUCUUUAGCCCCAGUCGCAAUGGAGGACAGUGACCACGAGCCUCUGUCUUCAGACGAGCACGACUCCUGCCCUGCCUCCCCUAAUCACAGCAAGGAGCAUGAUGAUGCUGAACAGCAUUCAAGCCAUUCUGAGGACUCAGAAGUGGAGAGCAUUUUGCAUGACCCUCAGCACCACGGAGGGCGCGGCCCCCCCCACCACCACCACCACAACCAUCAUGGCCACGAGGCUCAUGAUGCAGACAGGGAGGCUGAGGGCGAAGACCGCCCCCACACCCCGUCUUACCUGCGGCCCCCCGUGGCCGGCAGGGCCCAGUCCGACUCGGGCUCGGACCCCAGUUUGCCACACAGCAGAAGCGUGGAGUUCGACCUGUCGUCCUCCGUCAGCCCCUCCAGGCCAAAGAGCCCCUGGGGCCGUUUCGAUCCCUAUGACAACCAUGAGGACCAGGAUAAGGAAUAUGUGGGUUUCGCCACGCUGCCGAACCAGGUGCACCGCAAGUCAGUCAAGAAAGGAUUUGACUUCACGCUCAUGGUGGCAGGUGAGUCUGGCCUGGGAAAGUCCACCCUGGUCAACAGUCUGUUUCUCACAGAUCUGUACAAAGAUAGGAAGCUGCUCAACGCUGAAGAGCGAAUCACGCAAACAGUAGAAAUCACCAAACACACGGUGGACAUAGAGGAGAAAGGAGUCAAACUGAAGCUCACCAUCGUGGACACACCUGGCUUUGGGGAUGCUGUAAACAACACUGAAUGCUGGAAGUCAGUGGCUGACUACAUCGACCAGCAGUUUGAACAGUACUUCAGGGAUGAGAGUGGCCUCAACCGCAAGAACAUCCAGGACAACCGCGUACACUGCUGCCUCUAUUUCAUCUCACCCUUCGGCCACGGCCUUCGGCCUCUGGACGUAGAAUUUAUGAAGGCCCUUCAUGAGAAGGUCAACAUCGUCCCCGUCUUGGCCAAAGCAGACACGCUCACUCCUACUGAGGUCAAGAAAAAGAAGUUCAAGAUCAGAGAGGAGAUUGAGCAGUACGGGAUCAAGAUCUACCAGUUCCCCGACUGUGAUUCUGAUGAAGAUGAAGAAUUCAAGCAGCAAGACCUUGAGCUGAAGGUGAGCGCCAAGGAAUACCAGGAGAGCAUUCCCUUCGCGGUAAUUGGCAGCAACACGGUGGUGGAGGCCAAAGGGAAGAGGGUGCGAGGUCGUCUCUACCCCUGGGGCAUCGUGGAAGUGGAGAACUCGGCGCACUGCGACUUCGUGAAGCUGAGGAACAUGCUCGUUCGCACGCACAUGCAAGACCUCAAGGACGUGACCCGGGAGACCCACUACGAGAACUACAGAGCGCAGUGCAUCCAGAGCAUGACCCGCAUGGUGGUCAAGGAACGCAACCGCAACAAACUGACCAGGGAGAGCGGCACGGACUUCCCCAUCCCCGUGGUGCCCGGAGUGACGGAGAGCGAGACGGAAAAGCUCAUCCGAGAGAAAGAUGAGGAGCUGCGGCGGAUGCAGGAGAUGCUGCAGAGGAUGCAGGAUCAUUUGAUCAUUCAGAAAGACGCCUAUUAACGCGGGAGCCCGGUCACACUGUGUACAUAUCUCCCCCUCCUCCACUGGGAUUUAAAAAAAAAAAAAAAAAAGAAAAGAAAAAAAAAAACACGCUUAGGAAACAAAUCCACUCUGAAUGCGACGUCCCGAGGCGUCCACGCGGCCUCCACCCAGCCUCAUCAACAGCAGCAUGUUACACGGGGAUCAGGGAGCUGGCGAGAAGGUGGGAGGAUGUUCUGACAUUUGCAGCUUAGCAGCUCCCUUUAUCCUCCUUCAUCCAGAACCUCUGACGUGAACGACUCUUCUGUUUGAACCGGCUCCGCUGUUUGUGUGAAUGAAUGAACUUUUCUUUAGCCACACGAUCGCAGGGUUGAUUUUUGUACAUGAUAUGAGGUUUACAUCAAAAAAAAAUACUGGUGCAAGUGUUUAUUUUUAUUAUCUCUAUAAGUAAACAUCCAUGUAUACUGUAAUAAUUUAAAUCUCUAUAUCGCACUCGAGCAUUUUUCUUUUUUUUCUCUCUCUUUCAGCUGCUUUUCAUUUUUGUGUGUUCCUGGUUUUAUUUAACUACACGCUGCGACACUGCUUGACAUAAUAUGGAUGGUGUUUUUAUGUUCACGUUCGUUCUGCUGAGGUGUCUGUUAUUUUUGGUUUGAUCUUGUUGCAACGAUGGUUUAGAUUCAUGUAAAUUUCGAUUCGUCGGCAUGUUUAUCGUAGUCGCCUCCUCCUGAACGUCUUUAACUGUUUACUGAGAGUCAAUUCAACAAAUACAAUAAUGUAUCUUUAAUCAGGAUAGAGAAGCCCUUCAUAAUUAUUUGGAAAAUCAGAGUUGUUUCAGAGUGAGUGACUUUGAUGAGACAAGACCAGAUGUUUGUAUAAAGUGAGCAGGGCUGCACCAGACGUGUCUCUAUUUUUGCAUGUGUUUGUGAAGGUUCCUCAGACCGACGAUCAGUUUAGUGAUCGUAAUGUUAUUAGUGGUCAAGGAAAAUGGAUUGAGACCAGAUUUUUAUUUUGUUACUUUAGCUGGUUAUAAGUAUUUGUUCUCACUAACUUCAAAAAUAAUAAUGAUGAACUUCCCAAAUUUUGGAUUUACCUUUAAAAGUGUGAUUUUUUAUUUUUUAAAAUAACUUAUCAAUGCCAAAAGUGGUUAUCAAAAUUAUGAGUGAACCUGAUGCCAAUGGUUUUUAUGUUUUAAACUUUUUAUUUUAUUUUAUUUUGGAGGUUAGAUGACUCUGACUUGUGUGACUUUGUGCUUUAAAAAUAAUGACAUUCCUCGAGCUUCUAUCCCAGAGUCAGGUUAUUGUUUCUAACUUUGUUUGUUUUAUAUUAAAUUUGUCUUUUUGUUAUGCUAAGUUUUUUGAGUAUAUUUAUGUAAUAAAUUUAUAAAUGAAACGAGGAUACAGAGAAAAACAUGUACAAAUUCUAAUAUUGUAAUAAAAAAUAUAAUUUCAUGCUCAA